AUGACGUCAUUAGUUCAGCAGAGUCCGGCUAAUGGUUCGUUCGAGACGAUCACUUACAAAGAGCUGCGGAGGAUCAUCAAGCAGACACCAAUGGAGAAGGAGACGCUUACGCGGAAAUUGCAUUGGAUUGGUCACAUAUUAAGAAAGCCCGAUAUCCACCUAUCGAAGAGAGCACUGCCCGGAAAGUGUCUGGCCAAAGGAAGAGAGGCCAUCCCUGAACAAUUUGGCGUCGCUCGGAGGCCACCUGAUUACGUUGGAAAUUUGGCACUGCUGCUCGAUCUCCCCGGUCGGAGAUCUGGAGGAAGACCCAAGACAAGGUGGAAGGAUAUAGUGCUGAAGGAGAAGAGAGAAUGCAAUGCUACUGAAGAUGUCGAAGACAGAGCGAAGUGGAGGAGUAUAAUAAGGAAAGCUGACCUCACCAACAUAUGGGAUAAAUAG